UUUCCACCUGAUUUUAAAAAAAAAAACCUUCCAAGUAAACACCCAGAAGAGAGAAAAAGAGCAAUGCAAGAACAGGGAAUCUAAGUUUGAUGAAUUUGUUCUGGACAGUGAAACACAAAGAAGAGAAGAAAAAUGUCUGCAAAGCUUCUAUACAACCUGUCUGAUGAAAACCCUAAUCUGCACAAACAGAUUGGGUGCAUGAACAGAAUAUUCCAUGUGUUCUACCGGCAACAUUACCCGACGGCAAGACAAGUUUCCGGUCAUGACCACAAGGCCCUGCCUCCAGCUCCAGGUGAAACAAGCGACAACGUCGGUGAAACCAGUGAGAAGAGUAAGAGGAAACCAGUGAAGGAGAAGCAGAGGGUCUCAACUGAAUCGUCAUCAAGGCCCUCAUUUUCAUCUUCACCGCGUUCGUCCAGCUUCUCAUCUGCAGAAGUCAGCACGGCUUCUAAGUUUGAACCACCACCACUUUUGACUCAGAUGAACGAUGGUGCAAAUUCCAUGAGAGAAGCACCCAAUGGAUCGCCACGUUGUGGAAGUCUCGCGCAAUGUGACCUUAGGGAGCUGGUGAAAGGCUCCAUUCACAGAGAUACAAGAACCAAAGAUGAAGCUUUCCCUCGGCAACCCAACACUGCCAGGGCAAGUGUGUCUUUUCUCAAAGAAUCCUUACGUUCACCAUCUCGGAGUUCCAGCGAAUGGAGCGAGGGCCGACGAGCUGCUGCUAGCCUCAACGAUAGUCCCCGGCUCUCUUACGAUGAGAGAGAUUUGAGGAGCAAUGGGUACAAGACAGCCACAAAACUGAGAGAGACUCCAAGGUUGUCACUAGACAGUAGAUCAAACUCCUUCAGAAGUUGUAGGACUGAUGCAAGAUCAAAUUCCUCACUGGAAGAUGGAAAGGGGCAACAACAAGAGCCUGCGACUCACAGGAGAACGACAUCGAGUGUUGUUGCCAAGCUGAUGGGUUUGGAAGUCCUCCCAGAUACUACGGCAAGCAAUCACAAUUGCUCCUCAGGAGCAUCAGUUGCAGCUGAUGACAACAGACAGAACCACUUUUGUGACUCUCCAAGGCCUUCCCAUGUGGAAGCAGCACAACAGAGAUCAAGAGCCGCAGAUUCUCUCAAGAAGAUGACUCCUGCUUCCAGAUUUCCAUUGGAACCAGCUCCAUGGAAGCAGGUGGAUGGCACCAAAGGACGAGAUUCAUCUCAUAAAACCUCGGCAAAAGCAGCCGACUCCACACUGACAGUGUAUGGUGAAAUUCAGAAGAGGUUGGCGCAGCUCGAGUUCAAAAAGUCUGGAAAAGAUCUUAGAGCUCUUAAGCAAAUACUUGAAGCAAUGGAGAAGACGCAGCAGUUGUUAGAUGGUAGAAAAGAUGAUACUCUGAGUUCGACCAUGCUGCCAAGCAACGGAUCCACUCUUGUCCAAAGAACUCAGCAACCAACACCAGCUGUUAAUAUAGUGGCCAAAAGUGCUGCCUUACCAAAUCUCCAGGUUAGCAACUCCACCAGACAAAUUCGAAAGGGAAUGCAAGGGAAGCCAACAGCCAUGGAUCUAACGCCAAGGCCAGGGAUCUACAGAGGCCAACUUGAUUCCACAGCGAAGAAUACUAGCAGUAGACCAUUACGAUCGAAGCAAACUUCGGUGGAGUAUUGUUCUAUGAGAAGGGACAUGGACAAGUCAGGCAGGAGCCAACAUAAUGUUGGCCCUAGAUUGCGACAAAAGAAGCUUGGGUUUGAAAGGCAGUCUCGGCCCACAACUCCCACAUUAGAGGCAGGCAAGAUCCAAAGGCAGCUCAGUAGGCAGCAGACAGAGCUAGCCUUCCCGCGGAGAAAACAGGGUACAAAGUCUCGUAAUUCGCAGCAAUCCGUUGAUCAGCUGAGCGAUGCAAGCAGUGACCUGAGAAAUCUCAGUCACCAGAACGAUGCAAGAUCACUUAGAUCUGACAGCAACGUAAGCUCAGUCUCAAAUGCUGACAUUGAGGUUACAAGCAGAUACAGGUAUGACAGGCCCUGUGAUAUCUCAGAGCAGCACACACCAAAACAAAAGAGUCCAGAUUUGGGAUUUAAGCAAGACGAACCCAUGCUAAGACAUGUGAAAGUUACGUUGGAGCAACCGAGCCCAGUUUCAGUACUUGAUGCAGCCUUCUAUGAAGAUGAAUCCCCAUCCCCUGUCAGGAAGAUAUCCAUUGUCCUUAAAGAGGAUGAUAUUCUAAGUGCUGAAGAUACAAGCCAGACGGCUCUUGGCUUCAGAAGAUCCGUCGUGUUGCCUAAAAAUGACAGAAGGUUAACACAUACAGAGUCUGACCUUGUUGAGUGCUUCAUGGAUGAAGUUGCAUUCAUAUGUGACAUAAAAAACACUGACCACAAGUACAUCUCGGAGAUACUGUUAGAAUCAGGGCUCCUGAGGGAUCUAGAAUACAGCAUGAUAAGCAUUCAGUUGCACCAAUCACGCCUUCCAAUCAACCCCAACGUAUUCUUUGUCCUGGAACAAAAUAAGGCAAGUGAUGUACUUCUACAAGACAGACACAGAGGCAAAGGAAUUGGCCAAAUAAACCAUACUGAGAAUAUCAGGAGGAAACUCGUAUUUGACACUGUCAAUGACAUUCUAGCCCAAAUAUUCAUAGCAGAAGGUUUUACCAAGCCACAAAUAAAAUCAAGCCCGCUUUUGGAGAAAAGAUCAAGAGGGAAGUACCUUCUGCAAACUCUGUGUUCAGAGAUUGAUCGGUUGCAAGCUAACAACUCUAAGUGUAGCUUGGACGAUGAUGAAGAUAUCAUAUGGGAAGACCUACAAAGUCAAGGUAUGAGCUGGAGAGAUUUUGAAGGAGAAAUUCCAGAGAUAGUGUUAGACAUUGAGAGAAUGAUUUUCAAGGACUUGAUCAAUGAUGUCGUGACAAGCAAGGUAACAGCUGUUCGAGGAAGGUUCAGUGGACAACCCAGGCAGCUAUUCCCGUGCUAGUUGUCUUGCCUGUUUCACAAUACUACUAAGAUGUUUCCCUUUCCCUAAGGAUAGUGCAGAGAGAUAAGUGAAGUAUCAUUUUUAGAGGUUAUUUCUAAGUUGACAAUAAUGUGAAGACAGAUUGUUUCUAUUUCUAAGAUACAUGUAGAAGCUCACUAAGAUACGUGUAUAAUGCAAUUAAUAUAACUGUGUCUAUUUCUGA